CGUAAGCCUUAAACGGAUUCCGCCCAUUUGGUACCGUUGUUUGACGCAAUGUGUGGAAAAUCCAUCAUGUCACGACUGCGGAGGAGCGGCCACUUGGUAGAGUUAUACUGUAUGCUCUGGCAGCCCGAGGUCCUGGAUUGGCCCGAUUCCUCCACGGACAGGGAAGUGAUCUUACAAGCACACAUUGAAAAGCACUAUGGAAUCACAUUCACUAUAUCGAGUAUCCGCAAGAUGAGAAAAUGUAUCAGCAUACAUGUCUCCUGGGCAGUUGCGUUUCUCGACUGCCGUCGCCGUGACGGCGGAAUUGUGGGCAUCAUACUGCAGCAGGACACGUAUCUGGAGACUUACAACAGGCUCCACUGGCCGUCUCUUGUCGAAACAGUGAAGCCCUGUUUCGCCAAUCCGGCAGCCCAUGAAGCAUGUACCAUCCAUAUCAUGGCACACAUGGUUGAUUGCGAGACGAAACAUUCUGAAAACAGAACUGACAUAUCAGACGAAGUCACAUAUCGCCCGAUCAACUUGCAUGAUUUCGGGUUGAGCCGCGCCGCUGUCUCUCCUCCACAAACGAUUCCAGUCUCCGCAGAGUACAGCGCCAUGGACGUGCCCAACAUCCCACGUAUCGUCUUCACAUUUAAUGGUGCGGACAAGAGCGAAGAGUUAGGUGUGUAUUGCACGCUUUUGGAAGACACAGACACGGCAACCAGUGUUGCCACGAGCAUAGCCCCGGCCCGGCGGAUGCUCCCACACCUAGCCAGGAUGGACCACGGCAGGACAAGUCCAGGCCAGGCGCGUUUUCUGGUGCCCAUUCGCCGCGGAUCAACGACGCGCAUCAACCUCAACGAGGACCUCCGGCUCAUGAUACGCGGCCAGAUGCGGUGGAGGCGCAAUCCGUUGGGCCGAUCCAGGGAGAAGCAGUGUCAACUCUCGCUCUCAAUUGACAAGAGGAAAAGUCCCAAGUAUGAUCUUGCGCUGCUCGAUGAAGGUCUGUACAAGCUACCGCUGUUUUCAGCGCCAGUCUAGAUUUGAAGCAUUUCUCGGAUUGUGUGUGCCUCUGCGGGUCUCGCAAUGGGCCAGGUGUUGGUAGUCUCAACCCCUCGCGCUGUCCAGGUCGCAUUAUUUGUCUUGGGUCAAUCUGAAUGAGAUGGUGACUGCGAUUCGUACGGCUAAGAAGGUUGUAACCAGCAAGCAAUCUGUUGUAUUGGAUAUGCAAUGGCUCUUCUCGCGAGCUCUGGACCAUCGUCAGCACUUGACAAGGCUGCCUGCAUGCAAAUCUCCCGUGCAAGCGCGCCCUGGUGACCCCUCUGUUCACACGUCGAGUAGUGCCCCAUGGGAGGCCGGUUUACUGUACAAUCCAAUCCAAUGCUAAGCUUGAUGACCUAACACUGGGGUACAAGAUUGGGCAAACAACACUGGAUUUAGCAGCUGAAAAGCGCUGCGUAGGGUGUGUGUUUACAGUUCG